AUGACGGACGUACAACGAAUUGGAUUUACAAAGCUCUCGGGUGAGAACGGCACUGAGAACAGGGAGUAUCGGGUAAAUAUCAUCUUGGUGCAUGGCUUGAGAGGACACCCGAGGGAGACAUGGGAAGCCGCCGCAGAGUCAGACGAACAAAAGACUCGCAGGUUUUGGUCCAAGUCUAAGCCGCCCAACUCGAACACUGCCGAAGUUCCCAACAAAGUAAUACCUGCCAAGGGAUUCUGGCCACGGGACUUCCUGGCGAGAGAUAUUCCUGAUGCGAGAGUAUGGACGUACGGCUAUAACGCGGACGUAAUAGAGGGCAUAUUCGAAUCCAACAACCAGAACAGUAUUUCGCAGCACGGUCAAGAUCUUGCAGUGUGUUUCGAGCGAGAGAUUGACAACAAGCGCACAGCCUUGGCGGUAUCAUUACUAAAGAUGUCCGUUGGUGGUACCUUUAAGCACUUGAAGUUGAUAUAUAAGGGCUUACGUGGUCAACAGGCGAUAAGAAGAUCGGAGGCGUGCCGCGAGCGAACGAAAUUGAUUGUCUUCCUGGGUACACCCCAUCGCGGGAGUAGUUAUGCACCAUGGGGUGCGAUUGCAGCGAAUAUGGCCAUUGUUACGCUACACGAUCCCAACAAAAAGAUCGUUAAGUCACUCGAACCUAACAGCGAAGUGCUGGACAACAUCCAUGAGGACUUCAAGAACAUUAUAACUACGUCUAUGAUUAAAAUACACUCGUUCCAAGAGGCGCGAGGAAUGACGGGCUUCAAGGGAGUACACAAUAAGGUGGUAGACGGCUUUUCCGCCAAGCUCGAUCUACCAAGAUCAAUAGAAACCGUCGAGAGUAUUGACGCAAAUCAUGUGCAAAUGGCUCGGUGUAGCGAUAGGGCAGAUUCACGGUACAAGAAGAUAUUUGGUGACCUUAAGCAUUUCAUUCACAGUGGUAUUCUUGACAGCCAUGGAACUGGACCUCAUAACUCGCUUUGCACAGAGCAGCCUGUUCAGUCAUGGAGAAAAGCGAUGGGCCAUACCCCAAACGCUCGAGCCAGUUCCACUCUAAGCUCCUUGGUGCAAACACCAGCUGAAGAAACUUCUGAAGGCGUGAGCAACGAGCACGGAAAGGAUGCUGCUAGCAACGUGGUUGACUACGUUGAAAGCGAGGCCUCCAUGAUUUUUGACGUCAUAAUACAAGGAGAUUUCCAGGCCGUCAAGCGGUUUUUAAGGCACUUGGGUAAAGAUAAUGUCAAUGCCACAUGGCAGCCUCAAACGCGAAAAGUCCUGCCGCUUCAUUUUGCUGCAAUGCUAGGAAAGACCGAGAUCGUUCGAUUGCUCCUUCAAAACGGUUCCAAUCCCAUGAUACGUGCAGGUACUGGAGAUACUGCUUUGCAUUUUGCCGUUAGGCAAGACCAUAUCGACACGGUGUAUGAGAUACUUGGACGGGAUGAGUAUGGCCAACUUCUAUAUCCGCCCGAAGACAGCAUCAACAGGAUAAUGCCCGAAGGAGCAACCGCAUUAACAUUCGCUGUCUACAAAGAGUCUGCGAAGAUGGUGCAAAUACUACUUGACGCUGGUGCGGACCCGGAUGCGUGCGGUCCAUCUGGUGUAACGCCAUUGCUCACCGCAGCAUCCAGAAGCCUUGAUGAUAUCCUUGUUAUUCUGUUAGAUGCUGGUGCAAAUCCCAACAGUGCUACAGUUGAGGGUAUCACACCGAUUCAUGCGGUAAACACUUCUCGCUCAGCUCAGAACCUUAUAGCUGCUGGGAGUGACCUGUCCGCCAAGAUCUACCAAAAAAACAAAUACAACUUCCCUGUUGGAGCAACACCACUCAGGGUCAUUGUUGACACUGGCAAAUCGGACAUUGUCAAAGUACUGGCGAGAAGUUGCACUCGCGAACAAUUUCAUGUCAAGGCUUUUGAUGGGAAAUCUGCACUGGAAGCUACAAUCAGGCCAUACCGGCCGGAGCUGUCAUCCAUUCUCACCGACGCUUUAGAGGAUCUGUCAACGUAUGGCUAA